GCCGCGGGGCAGGCUGGGAGCGGGGCCUGGCGGCGGGGAGCGGCCUGCGGCGGGCUGGGAGUGGGCUGACGGCGGAGCGGGGCCGGAGCGGGCCGGGCGGGGGACGCCAUGCCGGAGCUGGCGGUGGACCGCGUGGUGGUGCACCCGCUGGUGCUGCUCAGCGUCGUCGAUCACUUCAACAGAAUAGGAAAGGUUGGGAACCAGAAGCGCGUGGUGGGCGUGCUGCUGGGCUCCUGGCAGAAGAAGAUCCUGGACGUGUCCAACAGCUUUGCAGUACCUUUUGAUGAAGACGACAAGGAUGAUACUGUGUGGUUUCUGGACCACGACUAUCUGGAGAACAUGUAUGGAAUGUUUAAGAAGGUCAACGCUAGAGAAAGAAUAGUUGGUUGGUACCACACAGGCCCUAAACUGCACAAGAAUGACAUUGCUAUCAAUGAACUGAUGAAAAGAUACUGUCCAAACUCUGUGUUGGUGAUUAUUGAUGUGAAACCAAAGGACCUGGGACUGCCCACAGAAGCUUAUAUUUCAGUUGAAGAGGUUCAUGAUGAUGGCACUCCAACCUCCAAGACGUUCGAGCACGUGACUAGUGAGAUCGGAGCGGAGGAGGCAGAGGAAGUUGGUGUUGAACACUUGUUACGAGACAUCAAGGACACCACGGUGGGCACUCUGUCCCAGCGGAUCACAAAUCAGGUCCAUGGCUUGAAGGGACUGAACUCCAAGCUUCUGGACAUCAGGAGCUACCUUGAGAAAGUAGCCAUGGGCAAGCUACCCAUCAACCACCAGAUCAUUUACCACCUUCAGGAUGUCUUCAACCUGCUACCGGAUGUCAAUCUGCAAGAAUUUGUCAAGGCCUUUUACCUGAAGACCAAUGACCAGAUGGUGGUAGUUUACCUGGCUUCUCUUAUCCGCUCGGUGGUUGCCCUGCACAACCUUAUCAACAACAAGAUUGCCAACAGGGAUGCAGAGAAGAAGGAAGGACAGGAAAAAGAAGAGAGUAAAAAGGAGAGGAAAGAUGAGAAAGAGAAAGACAAGGAGAAGAGCGAUGUCAAGAAAGAAGAGAAAAAAGAGAAAAAGUAAAAUGUGUAGUUUUUUUAUUUGUAAAUUAAAAAAUCUUGUAAACUAA